AUGCAAUGGUGGGAUGAGUGGAAGCUGUGCGUCCUUGUCUUGUGCAGUCUCUCUGUCCAGUUCUUCCUCUACUUCUCAAAUUAUGUGCGUAGAUUGCAUAACCUACGCAGGUUGAGGGUGCUGGUGUGGAUCGCGCACAUUGGCGGGGAUGCCCUGGCGGUCUAUGCUAUUGCCAUCCUCUUCAACCGCCAAAAGCAGCGAAAUGUGGAUGAGAGAAGCGAAGCUCUCGAGCUCAUAUGGUUGCCUAUCCUCCUCAUUCACCUCGGCGGCCAGUCCUACAGCCUCGAGGACAAUGAGCUAUGGAAGCGGCAUGCCAUAACUCUGCUGUCCCAAGUCGCGUUCGCCUUGUACAUCUUUUGCAAGUGGUGGUCCGGCCAGAAGAGGCUCCUGCAGGCGGCCGUCUUGCUCUUUGUCGCUGGCAUCCUCGAGUUCGGCCAGAAGCCAUGGGCCCUUAAGAGGGCCAGCUUCAAUAGCAUGGCCUCCAAAAGUUCACAAAGAUCUUUGUCUUUAUUGUUGCAAAUUCUCCCACAGAAUCGAUCACAUCAAAUACGAUAA